AUGCGAACGUUUUUCCCCAGACGUGUUCGUGACUACAAGGCACGUUUCAAGAUGCCAGGUUCGCAGCCCCUGCGCGUGGCUUGCAUAGGUGCUGGAUACGUAGGAGGACCAACCAUGGCAGUCAUUGCGGCAAAGACUCCUCCAGAGGCUGUACAAGUGCGGGUGCUUGACCUCUCAGCGGAGCGCAUUGCCGCCUGGAACUCGGAGCGGCUUCCUAUUUAUGAACCUGGUCUCUCGGAGUUAGUCUUCGCUGCUCGCGGGCGAAACUUACACUUCUCCACAGCUAUUGAUGACGGCAUCAAGUGGGCCGACAUAAUAUUUGUGGCCGUAAACACACCAACGAAGGAGUGUGGUAUCGGGGCGGGCGCAGCCGCUGACCUCACUUACGUCGAGCUGGCGGCUCGUCAGAUUGCUGCUGCGGCCGAUACACCCAAAAUCGUCGUCGAAAAAAGCACUGUACCGAUACGCACAGCGGAGGCUCUGAGCGCGAUCCUCGAAGCGUGUGGCAGGACCUCGUUCGAGAUCCUAUCGAAUCCGGAGUUCUUGGCAGAAGGCACUGCGGUACGCGAUCUCUGUGAGCCUGAUCGCGUGCUCAUCGGCGGGGACCUGAAAACCGAGCGAGGGCGCCAAGCGCUCGAAGCCCUCGUCGAGCUCUACGCCUAUUGGGUUCCUCGCGAGCGCAUUCUCACGACGAAUGUGUGGUCGAGCGAGUUGAGCAAACUCGUCGCGAACGCAUUUCUGGCCCAGCGCGUGUCAUCGAUCAACUCCAUUUCGGCGCUGUGUGAACUAAGCGGAGCACAAAUCGACGAAGUCGCGCGCGCCGUAGGCCUCGACAGACGCAUCGGACCUCGCUUUCUUCAGUGCAGCGUGGGCUUUGGCGGAUCAUGUUUCCAAAAAGACAUCCUUAAUCUUGUUUACCUGUGUGAGUCGUUUGGUCUGAAUGUUGUCGCAGAUUACUGGCGUUCGGUGAUCGCCAUUAACGAUUGGCAAAAACAGCGAUUCACGGCGCGAAUUUUGCAUAGCCUCUACAACACGGCCACAAACAAGAAAAUCGCGAUUCUCGGCUUUGCGUUCAAGAAGGACACGGCGGACACCCGAGAGAGCGCCGCCAUUGAUGUCUGCGGCAGUCUACUGCAGGAAUGCGCGAAGCUGAGUAUCUACGAUCCCCAGGUGCCAGCCGAGCAGAUCUGGUCUGAUCUCACGCGAAGAUGCCGUCGAACGCGCGACGAGCUCGCUGCCUAUGUGACGCUCGCCGCUACUGCCGACGAGGCCGCCGCCGGCAGCCACGCAAUUGUGAUCCUCACCGAAUGGGAUGAGUUUCGAACCCUUGAUUAUUCGAAAAUGUACAAGAGCAUGUGCCGACCGGCAUUUCUGUUCGACGGCAGGAGCGUCUGCGACCUCAAAGCGCUCUCCGAGAUCGGAUUUUUAUGUUAUGCGAUUGGAAGCCCGGAUGACUCGCGAAUUCAACUUCGUUAG